GUAUACAUGUAUAAAAGUCUCGUUCGUCUGAUAGAGGGCGCAACCGCGGCCAAACGCUUGAAGCCGCGAAAACCUGGAAUGAGUUUUCACGAAACAGUCGCUGUGUACGCGUUUCGGAAAACCAGCUCAAAUCGUUACGCUACGAAAAUUGAAUAACAAACUUUUUUUCGGUAAUAAGACGCUAGUUUAGUGGAAAUAUUCGUUUUUUUAGUGAAUUUUAAUUUGCGGUAGAAGAUAAUAAAAUAAUGAAGUGCCAAGAUAAUUGAACGCUCAACUCGACGGCCGAUUCGUGGAUCAUGAACGAAUUUAUGAAAAUAACGGAAAGAAAAUCGAAUAGCACAGAAUCGAUCGACGAAACCAUUUGCUCCGACCGAAUCACCAACAGUUCCGUUUACAACAGCCCCGCAUGGCCGCCGGAUUCGUGGUUAUUUUGUUUUCUGAUCGCUCUCAAGAUCGUCGUAAUGGCGUUCAUAAUAAUAGCGGCUCUAUUCGGAAAUCUAUUGGUGAUCGUAUCGGUGAUGAGACACCGGAAAUUACGCGUCAUAACAAAUUAUUUCGUCGUGAGUUUAGCUUUAGCUGACAUGUUGGUCGCCAUUUGGGCGAUGUGUUUCAAUUUUAGUGUGGAAAUUAGUGGGGGACGAUGGAUUUUCGGUUAUUUUAUGUGCGACGUAUGGAAUUCGUUGGACGUUUACUUUUCCACGGCUUCCAUAUUGCAUUUGUGCUGCAUUAGCGUCGAUAGAUAUUACGCGAUAGUUCAGCCCCUGGACUAUCCUUUGAUAAUGACUAACGUCCGUUUGGUGUUAAUGUUGGCUGUAGUGUGGUGCUCGCCGGGAUUAUUAUCGUUUUUGCCGAUUUUUAUGGAAUGGUAUACGACGUCGGAUCAUUUGGAAUUUCGUAAAAAGAACCCUCACAUCUGUACUUUCACGGUAAAUCGAAUUUAUUCGGUGAUUUCGUCGAGCGUUAGCUUUUGGGUACCCGGUAUGGUGAUGAUCUUCAUGUAUUACAGAAUAUAUAUGGAAGCAGACAGACAGGAAAGGAUGCUGUACAGGAGCAAAGUGGCGGCGGCUCUCCUUAACAAACAUCUACAAAUCAACGGGAUUUCCGCGGGUUUAUCAUCGUUAAGACAAUCAGUCGACGAAGGUUUAGUAUCAGAAGAUAAAGCAGCAGCCGCCGAAGCCGUUGCCACUGAUCCCGGUUCCAGUAGCAAAAUGAAAAGGGAAAGAAAAGCUGCCAGGACGUUAGGGAUAAUCGUAUCUGCGUUUUUGGCAUGCUGGUUGCCAUUUUUUCUUUGGUACGUGAUAUCGGCCCUGUGCGGUUACAGAUUGUGCUACAGCCCGCCGUGGGUGGUAACUUUAGUUUUCUGGGUGGGGUAUUUCAAUUCGGCCCUUAAUCCGUUGAUUUAUGCUUAUUUCAAUAGGGAAUUUCGGGUGGCUUUCAAAAAAACGUUGGAGAAUUGUUGCGAAGCUUCUUCGUAUUUAGUUUGUAGGAAAUAUUCGAUUGGAAGGGAUCCGCCGAUAACGUGCAGCAACGCUUCUAGCGAGCUGCACGGAAAUAAUUAUUUAAGGGCCGAGGCCAUUGUGCAAAGAUUUAGUAAUUUAUCGGAACAAGAAGUUAUUAAUUUAAGGCAGAGCGAAGCCUGUAUUUAAGUUUUUGUUUUUUUUCAAUAUAUAAAAUCUACAUAUCUGAUGCAAUAAAGCUGUUUAUAUUUUGACGACAUCUUUCGAAACUUUCGAAUCUUUCAUCAUACGGUGUACAUUUUAAAUUGAUAAUUUGGCUCGAAAAAUCAAAUAAAUUCCAACAUAUUUUGGUGAAAAUUGGAAAUAUACCGCUCCGUGUAUUGAUUUUUAUCAUAUUUUCCAUAAGAUUUUGGUUUAAUACUUAAAAUAUAAAAACUUUCACAACUUUCCUUCCGUUGAUAUUUCGUACAACAAAAAAUGUGUUUCUAAAAUUUUGAGAAAACGGUUCGUGUUAAAAUAAGUUUAUUUAACUGGUAUAAUUUAUAUAAAAAGACAUAUUGCGUUGGAUCUAAUGAAAAUUAAGCAGAGAAUUUGGAUUACGCAUAAAUAAAAAAAAAAAUUCUGAAUUCUGAAUCUGAAUAACCUCAAUCGAUUGAA